UUUUGCCUUGUUGGAGAUGCUGACGGACUAAAUCAGGCGCAACAUUAUUUGGAAGGUUUUAUUGGUGAGCUAUCAGCUUCCGUCUCUUCGUCAGCAGCCCCUAUGACUGCACCUCCGAUUUCAAAUGAAACUAACCUAGAUGAUCCUAAUCUGCUCAAUCCAAUUUCACGCAAUACUUACUUUGCCCUGCCAUAUUCAGUGCACUAUGCAGCUAUGGCCCUGCCCUGUUCAGGUUACACUAACCCCGAUUAUGCCAGGUUAUAA